AUGUCAAGCACAACGGCAGCAGACGAGAGUCGCGGCUCCGCGGUCCACGGUGCCGCGCACUUCGACCAACUCUCGGACGUGUACGACGAGCUCGUCGGCGUCCUUACAGGCGACAUCGGACGCUAUGCAAUUGACCAUCUCAUCCCAUUCCCGACCUCGGAGACCAGCAUCCACGACAACGCCUGCGGCACGGGCCUCAUGACGGCGCACCUCCAGCAGGUGGCGUCUGCCCCCAAGAAGAUCCACGCGACAGACUACGUCCCCUCCGUAACGCGGGUGAUGCAGCAAAAAGCCGUGCGCAAUGGUUGGACGAACGUCGAAAUCUCAGUCAUGGACAGCCAGGAACUCACGUUCCCGGACGGCUACUUUGAUCUCUCCAUCACGAAUUUUGGGAUCUUCUUCCUCCCCGAUCCGCAGAGGGGAGCUCACCAAAUCUAUCGCACGCUGAAACAGGGUGGCGUGGCCGUAGUCACCACUUGGAAGGAGCGGCGGAUCAUGGACACGAUCGUUGCAGCGCAGAAGAGUAUCAGGCCGGAUCUGGAGACUUUGAGCGCUCCGUGGGCGGAGCUGUGGGCCAAGGAGAAGACGCUGCGUGAUGUCCUUGUAAAUGCAGGGUUCAGGGCGGAGAAUGUCCAGAUCGUGGAGAAAAAAACGGAUGCGAUUGUCGAACCAUUUCUUCGGGAUCCGAAUAUGGUGGCUAGAGGGUACCCUGCGGCCACGAAGGGGUGGAGUGACGAAGAAAGAGGCAGGCUAGGGAGUGAGAUGUUGCGAAUCGCACAGGAACAAGACCCUCAGGGUAGAGGGGCUAGGGAUUUGUUUUCGACGGCAUAUAUUGCGAUCGCGAAGAAGUAG